AUGUCUGGAUCGCUAUAUCGAAGUCCCUCGGCAGCGCUUUACAAGAGUCCUUCAAUGAGUGCUUUUGGUGGUCCUCCUGCACCAUUUGGUAGCAUGUCUAUUGCUGAUUUGGGGAGUUUAACUCGUCUUGAAGACAAGAUUCGUUUAUUGCAAGAAGAUUUGGAAUCUGAACGGGAACUUCGAAACAGAAUCGAACGAGAGAGAGCUGAUCUUAGCGUUCAACUGAUUGCACUGACUGAUAGACUUGAAGAUGCCGAAGGUACUACCGACAGUCAAAUUGAAUCGAAUCGUAAACGUGAGGCAGAAUUGCAAAAGCUGCGCAAAUUGCUCGAAGAAUCACAGCUGGAAAGUGAAGAUGCGAUGAAUAUUUUGCGAAAAAAACAUCAAGAUGCUUGCCUUGAUUACAGUGAACAAAUUGAGCAACUGCAAAAAAAAAAUUCAAAAAUCGACCGCGAACGCCAGCGUCUCCAGCAUGAAGUUAUCGAACUUACUGCCACAAUUGACCAACUUCAGAAGGAUAAGCAUUUGGCUGAGAAAGCAGCAGAAAGAUUUGAAACACAAACUAUUGAAUUGGGCAACAAAGUCGAAGAUUUAAAUCGACACGUGAAUGAAUUGGCUCAACAACGUCAACGCUUACAAGUUGAAAAUAAUGAUCUCAUAAAAGAGAUUCAUGACCAAAAAAUACAACUUGACAACUUGCAACAUGUGAAAUAUCAACUUGCGCAGCAACUUGAAGAAGCACGCAGACGUUUGGAAGAUGCCGAGCGUGAACGAUCGCAACUUCAAGCGCAACUCCAUCAGGUUCAACUUGAAUUGGAUUCAGUGCGCACUGCUUUGGAUGAAGAAUCGGCUGCGAGGUCAGAGGCCGAACAUAAGCUUGCUCUUGCAAAUACUGAAAUUACUCAGUGGAAGAGCAAAUUUGACGCUGAGGUCGCUCUUCAUCACGAAGAGGUUGAAGAUCUGCGCAAAAAAAUGUUGCAAAAGCAAGCCGAGUAUGAAGAACAAAUUGAAAUUAUGUUGCAAAAAAUAUCGCAGCUCGAAAAAGCUAAAUCACGUCUUCAAAGUGAAGUUGAAGUACUUAUUGUGGAUUUAGAAAAAGCACAAAAUACAAUAGCUAUUCUCGAACGAGCCAAGGAGCAGCUCGAAAAAACCGUUAAUGAGUUGAAAGUACGAAUCGAUGAGCUCACAGUUGAACUUGAAGCUGCACAACGAGAAGCUCGUGCGGCCCUGGCUGAACUUCAGAAGAUGAAGAACUUGUACGAAAAAGCAGUCGAACAGAAAGAAGCUCUGGCUCGAGAGAACAAGAAACUGCAGGAUGAUUUGCAUGAGGCUAAAGAAGCUCUUGCUGAUGCGAACCGUAAACUCCAUGAGCUUGACUUGGAGAAUGCACGGUUAGCCGGAGAAAUACGUGAUUUGCAAACAGCUCUCAAAGAAUCGGAAGCUGCGCGACGUGAUGCAGAGAAUCGCGCACAACGUGCACUUGCUGAAUUGCAACAACUUCGCAUUGAAAUGGAACGACGAUUACAAGAAAAAGAAGAAGAAAUGGAAGCACUUCGCAAAAAUAUGCAAUUUGAAAUUGAUCGCCUCACUGCUGCGUUGGCUGAUGCUGAAGCUCGUAUGAAGGCAGAAAUUUCACGUUUGAAGAAGAAGUAUCAAGCAGAAAUCGCUGAACUCGAAAUGACUGUUGAUAACCUCAAUCGCGCUAAUAUUGAAGCACAAAAAACGAUCAAAAAACAAAGUGAACAGCUUAAAGUGCUACAAGCAUCACUUGAAGAUACCCAACGUCAACUGCAGCAAACACUAGAUCAGUAUGCUUUGGCUCAGCGCAAAGUCUCUGCACUGAGUGCCGAAUUGGAAGAAUGCAAAGUUGCGUUGGAUAAUGCCAUUCGUGCAAGAAAACAAGCUGAAGUCGAACUUGAAGAUGCUAAUGUUCGCAUUGCUGACUUAGUAUCAGUGAAUAACAAUUUGACAGCAAUAAAGAAUAAACUCGAAACAGAACUGUCAACAGCCCAGGCAGAUUUGGAUGAGGUCACAAAAGAAUUACACGCCGCGGAUGAACGAGCUAACCGAGCUUUGGCUGAUGCAGCUCGAGCUGUAGACCAACUCCAUGAAGAACAAGAACAUUCCAUGAAAAUCGAUGCUCUUAGGAAAUCUUUAGAAGAGCAGGUAAAACAGUUGCAAGUACAAAUUCAAGAAGCAGAAGCAGCAGCUUUAUUAGGUGGCAAACGUGUAAUUGCUAAACUUGAGACACGUAUACGUGACUUGGAAACAGCAUUAGAUGAGGAAACACGCAGACAUAAAGAAACGCAAGGUGCUCUGAGGAAGAAGGAUCGACGCAUCAAGGAGAUUCAGAUGCAAGUUGACGAGGAGCAUAAGAUGUUUGUAAUGGCGCAAGACACUGCUGAUAGACUUAUGGAAAAACUUAACAUUCAGAAGAGACAACUUGGAGAAGCUGAGUCUCUAACAAUGGCAAAUCUUCAACGCGUACGAAGAUACCAGCGUGAACUGGAAGAUGCGGAAGGUCGUGCAGAUCAAGCAGAAAGCUCGUUACAUCUGAUCCGUGCUAAGCAUCGUUCUUCAGUAGUGACUGGUAAAAACGCCUCGGCAUCAAAAAUAUAUGUUUUAGAGGACGAACAGUAA